AUGGAACAACAACUCCGGUUACUGAAUGUGCAAGUGCGCUUGGACUCUGGUGGUGGUGGUAGCAGUAGCAGCAGUAGUGGUUACGAUAGUGAUUCCUCCAGUAGUGCUGGAACAAGCAUAGGUGAAGGCUACUAUACCGAAUGUUCUGAACGGAGCCAUGAGCACGGUGUCAGUGCCAAACGAGUCAAAUACAAAGACACCAGUCCCUCGCCAUCUACUUGUACCGCUUUAACAAGAACGAAUGUGAAUAACAGUGGUUGGAAUCUAAAAGUAAGUCAAGACUCGAAGGGCAUUCGGUUUCAAACGUCCAUCAAGAGUAUUGCUGAUGUAGCUGUCUUUUUAACGGAAACUUUACGGUAUUUCACCAGUUCACCUAAUCGCACACCUAAUUACCAUGCAGAUCGUUCACGGCAGACCAUGGCAGUGACCAACAAAAUGCUCCAAGUAGAAUAUGUGCUCCAUAGCUUCUUCCAGAAGAAACACAAGCCUAAAUUAAUCGCACCUUGUUCUUCUCCUAUAUGUGAUAGUAUGACACGUGCUUUUAUCAAACGACAAUUAUUACAAACCUAUUUUACGUGCCACGGAACUUGUACACCCAUAUUACCCUCACCCUAUUUUAUACCCUAUUUUCAAUCCCAACCCAACUGUAUGCUAUCUUCUGCUGCAGCUGCCUUUGUUGCCUAUUCACAAUGUAGACAUGUCGAUCAAUAUACUUUUCCUGUGACUCGUGAAAGUAUUGCCGAAUCCUUUCGACAAGAAGCCAAAGAACUAUUGGAGGAUGUCCUGUUUGAAGAAGAGCCCAGUGUAAUCACUGCUGCUUCUCUCAUGUUGUUAUCCCAAUGUGCACUUAUUACUUUACAGAAUAUGGAGGCAAGAUUGUACAUGAAUUUGGCUUGGCGCAUGGUAGUUCAACUCAAAGACAAGUAUAUCCAUCUGGUUCAACCUUUGACCACACAAACAAUAGCGACUGCAGAAAUUUGUAUGGCAGAGGCUUGGCGACGGUUAUUUUAUGCCGUCCGAUACUUGGAGCUUAACUUGUACAUGAUUUAUGACGGGUUAGCUGAUUUUUCUUCCAUCAUGUUCGAUAGUGGAAUUGGAUACCCUACCGUCUUGGCAAGCGAAUACCCCAACAAAGAAGUGAGUGGAGCGAUUCUUGUGUUUAGUCAUGUCGUACGAUUACACAACUGUCAAAUGUCUCCCAAUUCAGAUGCUCUCAAAUACCAACUCUUUGCGGGUAACCUGGAAUCGAUUUCGAUUCUCGAUAUUGAGUGUCUUGAAAAUCAGUUGAUUAGUUUCUGGAAAACAUUACCCGCCCAAUUUCGAUUAUCGGAUUCUCCUUUGGAAUAUUUACAAACUGACCGAAUUCAACAAUGCGAGAAUCCUCAUGCGAUUUAUUUAAAUCAAUUAUAUUACGCCUAUUGGUUGGCUUUAGAAACUCGAUUGAUGAGAUCGCCUGACUCCACCGAUCUCAAAAGUGCCAAUAUGGAACGCUUUGAUGGUGAUCGAGCCUUAUUGAUUGUGUCUGUAUGUUGUGAUGCUAUUUCCAAAAUAUUUCAUGUCUUGUAUUGUAGGUUGCCAUGCACAGUGGAAUUGCAUUGGUUGCUGAUUGCCAGUGAUGCCAUGGCCAUGUUGAAGAAUGCAGCCAACCCGCAUAUCAAAUCAAGAGCACAAAAGAAUUUACGUGUAACUUUACGUGUGUUGAAGGAUCGUGUACGACAUGUAAAUCAAGAUGAGGCCAAUGAAGAUUACAAUUUAUUGAAGAGUAUGUUACCUGCUUCUGCUUCAGAAACAAGUAUGAGUACAAGUACGAGCUCAGGGAGUUUAGCUGGUUCAGAAGCAGAUAGUACCCAUACAGACGAUGAUCCUAUAUUCGAUACAAGACCUCCUGCCGCUUAUUUUGGUGAAUUAAAGAAAACAAUGAAUACCUUUUUCUCUGGAACUGAGCAACCACCUCCACCUUCAACUUAG